AUGGCGGCUGCAGUGGCUACCGCGGCCCUUCUCACCUGCCUGCUCCUGAGCCGGACAGGGGCCGACAUGGUUGGGGACGAGGCCCGCGAAGCGGAGGCCGUGCGGGACUUGCUGUCGCGACUGCUAGGCGCUCGGGCGGCUGCCGGCUUCUCGGUGUCCGUGAAUCGCUCCCUGGCGCCGACCCCGGGCGCCGAUACGUUUCGCCUGAGCGGCGGCGGUGGCGAGAACCCCGUGCAGGUGGCCGGCUCCAGUGGCGUGGCGGCCGCGGCCGGACUACACCGCUACCUGCGCGACUUCUGCGGCUGUCACGUGGCUUGGUCAGGUGCCCAGCUUCGCCUGCCCGAUCCUCUGCCCGCAGUGCCCAAGCCGCGGACCGAGAGCACGCCCAACAGGUACCGCUAUUACCAGAACGUCUGCACGCAGAGCUACUCCUUCGUGUGGUGGGGCUGGGAGCGCUGGGAGCGAGAGAUCGACUGGAUGGCCCUGAACGGCAUCAACCUGGCGCUGGCUGCCGUCGGGCAGGAGGCGGUGUGGCGGAGGGUGUACUUGAUCCUGGGCCUGAAUGAGACAGAGAUUGAUGAGUACUUCACAGGGCCAGCCUUCCUGGCAUGGGAGCGUAUGGGCAAUCUGCAUAGCUGGGGUGGCCCCCUAUCCUCCUCCUGGCACCGUAAGCAAUCUUCCCUGCAGUACCAGAUUCUGGAGAGAAUGAGAUCUUUUGGGAUGAAACCAGUACUUCCUGCAUUUGCUGGACAUGUCCCCAAGGCAUUUACCAGGGUGUUCCCUCAGGCCAAUGUCACCCGUCUGGGCAUGUGGGGCCACUUCAACUGUACUUACUCCUGCUCCUACCUCUUAGCCCCAGAAGAUCCCUUGUUUCCCAUGGUUGGAAGCCUCUUCCUGAGGGAGCUGAUUCAGGAGUUUGGUACUGACCACAUCUAUAGUGCUGAUACCUUCAAUGAAAUGGAGCCCCCUUCCUCUGAGCCAGCCUACCUGGCUGCUGCCACAGCUGCAGUCUAUGAGGCCAUGAUUGCAGUGGAUGUUGAUGCUGUGUGGCUUCUCCAGGGCUGGCUUUUUCAACACCAGCCUGAUUUCUGGAAACCCCCUCAGGUGAAGGCUGUGCUGAAGGCUGUGCCCCUUGGUCGCCUUCUUGUCCUUGAUCUUUAUGCUGAAUCCAGGCCUGUCUACUCCCGAACUGACUCCUUCUAUGGUCAGCCAUUCAUCUGGUGCAUGUUGCACAAUUUCGGGGGAAACCAUGGGCUUUUUGGAGCUUUGGACGCUGUGAACAGGGGACCCUCAGAUGCCUGGCUCUUUCCCAAUUCUACCUUUGUGGGUACUGGCAUUGUCCCAGAAGGCAUCAACCAGAAUGAAGUAGUCUAUGCCCUGAUGGCUGAGCUAGGCUGGCAGAAGGGUCCCUUGCCUGACCUAGGGGCUUGGGUAGCGGGCUUUGCAGCCCAGCGGUAUGGGACUCCCCACUCCCAUGCAGAAGCUGCCUGGAGGCUGCUGCUCCAGAGUGUCUACAACUGUUCUGGUGAUUUGUGCACUGGCCACAACCGCAGCCCACUGGUGAAGCGACCGUCCCUUCAUCUGGACAUUUCUGUCUGGUACAACCGCAGCGAUGUAUUUGAGGCCUGGAGGUUGCUGCUGGAAGCAGCUCCAGUGCUGGCCUCCAGCCCUGCCUUUCGCUAUGACCUGCUGGAUGUCACAAGGCAGGUUGCCCAGGAGUUGGUGAGCCUGUACUAUGAGGAGCUCAGGACAGCCUUUGAGGCGAGAGCAAUGCCGGCCUUGCUCAUUGCUGGUGGCCUGCUGGUCUUUGACCUGCUGCCCUCCUUGGAUGAGCUGCUGGCCAGUGAUGAGCGGUUCCUUUUAGGUGCCUGGCUGGAGCAGGCCCGGGAGAUGGCAGUCAGUGAAGCUGAGGCCUGGCAGUAUAAGCAGAAUGCCCUCUACCAGCUGACCUUGUGGGGGCCCACAGGGAAUAUCCUGGACUAUGCCAACAAGCAACUUGCAGGAUUGGUGGCCGGCUACUAUACCCCUCGAUGGAAGCUCUUUGUGGAGAUGCUGGUAAAGAGCCUGGCUGAGGGCACCCCCUUCCACCAGAGCCAGUUUGAGAGUGAAGCCUUGCUAUUGGGACAGAACUUUGUACUGGGGAGGGAGAAGUUCCCCAUUCAACCUCAGGGUGACACUGUUGACCUUGUCAAGAAAUUUUUCCUCAGAUAUUACCCAAGGUGUCAAGCAGGAGCUGUGUGACCCACCCUCUCUCACCUGUGCCACCUGGAUUCUCCAUAGUUCCUGGCACUCUUCAGUUUCCUCUUGGGACCCUGAAUCCUAUCAGUGGCCUAACUUGGGACCCUUGAGAGGGGAUCAGUUUAUAAAUCAUGGACUGUUCUAGCAGAUGGUCUCUCUCCCUUGCUGUGUCUGGUUCCUAGAUUCAGGAUCUGGACUGAGCUCUCUGAAGAGGGGGGAAAGGAGGGAAGAAGAGGAAAGGUAUAGGAUAGGAAAUAGAUCCUGUGAAUUGAGAGUAUGGAGGGGAUUCUCCAUGCCAUUCUCUCCUCUACUCCAGAAAUGGAAAUCAAACCAUUGUUUUCUCAUUCAAUCAAUAAAUCAGUAUUUCAGCA